CGCAAGUAAACAGAUUUCACCAAGCAGACAUACCACAACAACUACCCACGCAAGGCCCGGCAAUGGCUGGCCCCAAUCCAAAUUUGACACUUGAUCCGGCCCUUCAGAAAUACUAUGAGCUGAAUGUCAACCGAUAUAAAUACUUCCGCUGGACCCCGCGGACAGUCUGGAUUUCAUUUUGCUAUAUGGCGCUCGUGCCUGGAGUUUUGGCUUACGUCGGGUACAAAACUGAUGGAAAGCUCGAAUUCAGAGGCAAGAGAAGAGGGGAUACGAUAGUGGAGUGA